CCAGCCACGGUGAUAGUUCCCAGCAGGCGAAUCGAACCUGCGACCGGAUUUCGAGGUCUACGAAAAGCGAGAUGGUAACAAUCCAAUUAUAUGUGUGUAUUUGGGGGUUUCCAGGCUGGGAAACCGUUGCAUUGAGUCAUAACCUCAACGAUGCCAGCUGGAUUUGCUGUGCUUUUGUUGAUGGUCGAGAUACGUCUGAGUCUGGGUGAUCUUCGUCAGAGUUGUUGCUGCACUUUGCCAAAACAUUUCUCAAAAGAUAGGCUAAAGCUAACCUAGUUUCUUCAGAUCCUUGCAUUCAAAAAUGAGUUAUUCGUUGACGGUUAUUGCAUCAAAUUCGGAAUUUGAGAGCAGUCAGAUACUAGGAAAUAUCCACAGUUACUUGCAAAGUUUACCAAUCAGAAAUCUAGUUCUAAUCAACUUAUCAAUCAAUAAAGCUGUUGAAUUUCAAUUUGACAUAAUCGAUAACAAUAAUAACGAGUUUGAAAAAUACUACAAAAUUUUCAAAACGUACCAGUUGAAUAAAAAAUUUGGAACAAAUGUGGACUUGAUUUUUCAAAAAAUUGGAAAAAGAAAAACCCAGAAAUUGAUUGUAUUUGAUAUGGAUUCCACUCUUAUUUACCAAGAAGUUAUCGAGCUAAUAGCUAGCUAUGCUAAUGUUGAAGAAGAAGUCAAAAGAAUAACAACUUCAGCAAUGAAUGGAGAAAUUGAUUUUAAAGAGUCACUAAGACAGAGAGUCCUAUUACUAAAAGGUAUAGACUCAACCGAAAUUUGGGAUGAGUUAAAAUAUAGAAUUCAAAUCACAAAUGGGGCUAAAGAAUUUUGCUAUGGAAUUAAAAAAAAAAACAACUGUAAAUUGGCUGUUUUAAGUGGUGGUUUUUUGCCAUUAGCUAAUUAUAUCAAGGAGCAAUUGAAUUUAGAUUAUGCGUUUGCAAACGUAUUAGAAGAAGUCGAUGGAAAAUUAAGUGGUAGAACUGUCGGAGAAAUAGUUGAUGGAGAUAAAAAAGCAGAAUUAUUAAUUCAAAUUGCACAAGAAAAUAAUAUCGGGUUUGAAGACAUUGUCGCAGUUGGAGAUGGAGCAAAUGAUUUAAAAAUGAUGAGCAAAGCAGGUUUUGGUAUUGCAUGGAAUGCAAAACCAAAAGUUCAAGGAUUAGCACCUUCAUGUUUAAAUUCAACAAGUUUAAAAGAUGUUUUCUAUAUAUUUGGAUACAAUGAUAAUGAAGUUGGUGAAUUAAUCAACAACUAGAAUUUAUAUAGUACAAAUUUAGAAUAAAAGAUAAUAAAGUGAAAUAAAGUGAAAUAAAGUGAAAUAAAAUAAAAUAAAAUAAAUAAAAUAAAUAAAAUAAAUAAAAUGAAAAUGCUUUUGUUAUUAAAAUCAAAAAGCCAUUUUUCC